AUUUUCAGAUGAUAUCGAGAAUUAUUGACUGAUUGUUGAUGACUGAAUCUUCACGUUCUAACUUCAUGUAUCUGGCGAGGUGUUAGCAUCAUCCAUAGGGUCAUAUUAAAAGGUUAUCACCUAAGGAAAGUUGAAAAAGUAGGGGGAUUUUUGUUGGAAGACGAAUCAGUUGGUCUUCAUCGAUCUAACAAGUACGACGGUUAUAAUCUGUUCGAUAUUAUUACGUUAAACACACAACACACACACACACACACAUACACACUUACAUACUUACAUCCUCAUUCAAAUUAACCACAUAUAUACACAGAUGUGCGCUUAUACAGCAACAAUAAUACAACAGACGUUCAUCUCAAUGAGUUUAUUUGAUAUUCAUUGAUCAAACUUGAACUUCAAUUGUGUGCGAUUUUACUGAAGAAAAUUGUCAAAGUUUUUCAGUGUACUGUAUGUGUGUGUGUGUGUAUCUGUAAUAAGUGAAAAUUUAAUUUGUUUAAAGUUAGAAACAUUUUCUUUUUUUUUUUUUUUUUUUGAUUGAUUGAUCAAUCAAACGUGAAUACAAAAUGAAGUCAAUAGAAAAAACGGAAAACGUUGUGAAAGAUGAGACAAAGUUGUUUAAACGAAAUUGGUACAUUUGGGCCAUUAUAAUGGCAGGAUUGUCAAGUUUUUUCUUAGUAAUCAUAUUUUGGUUGACUAAUAUUUUUCAAAAUAUUAUAUUGUCCAAUUUAAUAUUACAAAAUGGUACCAGAUCAUAUGAAUUUUGGUCCCAUCCACCAGUUAAAUUGUUACAAAAUUUUUAUAUUUACAAUUACACAAACGUUGAAGAUUUUGAAAGUGGUAAAGCUAAUAAAUUGAGAGUCCAACAAUUGGGACCAUAUUCUUAUAGGGAAACUUUAAUGCGUGUUAAUACGCAAAUGCAUGAAAAUGGUACGAUCAGUUAUCAAGAGAAGAAAUUGUAUAAAUUGGAAGGUGGAAAUCCUGAGAAUGAUAUAAUAAUAGUACCUAAUAUAUUAUUAUUAAUGGUUAUUUCAUCAGUAUGUUAUUUAAAUUAUGCCAGUAGAUUAAUGGUUACCAUAGCAAUAUCUACAAUGCAUAUCGAACCAUUCAUUAAAACCACAGUUAGUGGUUUUCUAUGGGGAUAUGAUGACAAUCUUUAUAAUGUUUUGAAAACUUUUGGAUACGUAAACAUUCCAAGUGACAAAUUUGGUAUUCUAGUACAAUCUCAUGGGCUUUUGGAAGAUCAUUUAUUGAUAAAUACUGGCGCCCAUGAUAUUGAUAAUCUUGGUAUCAUUCAAAGUAUCAAUGGGAAGGAUAUUUUAAAUAUUUGGGGUGACGAGAAAUGUGAUAAAAUUUAUGGUACAGAUGGUACCAUGUUUCCACCUAAAUGGAUUCAAAAUCUAAGUACACCAUUGUACAUAUACAUUAAAGAAUUUUGUAAACAAAUGAAAUUCAAUUUUCACGAUUACAACCAAGUUCAAGGUGUUCCUAGUCUCAAAUACAAAAUGUCAUUGGAUUCUUUUCAAGUAUCCACACAAGAGACAUGUUAUUGUCCAAUAGUAAAUUUGGAUUCAAACGAAAGGAAAUGUCCACCGUCUGGUACACUAAAUAUUUCAAGCUGUUAUGAUGAUUUACCUGUACUCGUAUCUAUGCCACAUUUUUAUGGUGCCGAUGAAUCUUUGAUCAAUUCUGUCGAUGGUUUGAAACCCGAACAGGAACUUCAUGAAAGUACCAUUGAUUUACAUCAGUUUUUAGCAAUACCAAUGAACGGAUCUUUGAGGUUGCAAUUAAAUGUUGAAGUGAAAAAAGCUAUUGGUGUACCAUUUUCGGAUAAAAUCAAGGACGGUUCGAUAUUACCAUUAAUGUGGAGUGAAAAUACAUUAGACAAACUUCCUCAAGAUUUUGUUAAUAUAUUUUCCGGCGCACAUUUAGCAACAACAAUUGUUACAGCUGCAUUAAAAUGGGGUAGUCUUUCGAUAUUUUUGUGUUCAAUUUGUGCGUAUUGUUUUGCUAGAAGAAAUCAACAUAUACAACGAUCUAACGUGUAGAAAAUGUUUUAUUUCUUAUCAAGAAAUGAAAUGAUAGUACGAUUAUGAACUAUUUGCAAUAAAAAUUUGG